AAACUGUUUGUUAUUAACAAAAAACAAUUAAAAUUCUGCUCCUUCAUCGUAAACAGAAAGUACAUUUAUGGUAAUUAAAUAGUGAAUGCAACACUUGAAGACAAAAAAAGUACAGAUUGGUGCUUUGUAAAUAAAGAAAGAUUUGUUGUCUCCAAGUACAAGACAAUGGGAUUUCAAUGCGAUGAUUGCGGAAUGACAUUCCCUAAAAAAAGUUCAUAUGUUCUCCAUCAGAUGACUCACACACAAGAAAGAUACAAGAAUGUAAAAUGCCCAGAAACGUUUCCAAAUUCAAAAAAUUUACAAAGAUACACGGAAAUCCACCAGGAACUAAAACAUCAUGUAAGUGAAACCUGCAACCACGGAUACAGACAUGAAAGAACUUCGAAAAAACAGAACCUGAAAGAUCAACAGCAACAAAAAGAGCAAGUGCACAAGACACUUCAUACAGAAAAACAACCUGAUAAAUGUACAGGAUUUACUCAAAACUUUAAAAGUGAAAUAAAAUUACGAAAGCAUGUAAAAACAGUACACAAAUCUGAAGGACCCCGUUACCGCUGUGAACUAUGCGAUAAAAUGCAUUGUAAACAACAUUUAAAACAAAAACCUUACUCAAUUGAAACCUUAAAAAAAUCAUGCACACAAGCAAGACCUUCUUCAACUCAAUCCAUGCGAAAAAGAUCGAUGCAAGCAAAAUAUUCCUCAUUGCUAACACCUCAGGAACCACAAGUGCAAGUAGGACCUUCCUCACUGCAAACCUUGCAGGAACCUCAAAUGCAAGCAAAACCUUCGACACAAACUUUACAUGAACCGCAAAUAGAAGCAAGACAUUCCUCGACUCAAACUUUACAGGAACCACGGAUGCAAGCAGGACCUUCCUCGAGUGAAACUCUGCCGGAACCACAGAUGCAAACAAGAAGUUUUUCAAAUAUAAUCCUGCAGGAACUAUUAAUGCAAGCAGGAAAUUUCUUAACUCAAACUUCACAGGAACCACAAACGCAAGCAGAAUCGUUCUUCAUUCCAAUCCUGCAGAAACUAUCAAUGCACCUAGUAAGUUUCUCAACAGAAACCCUGCAGGAACCACAAAUGCAAACAAGAACCUUGUCAAGUCUAACCCCGCAGGAACUGUUGAUGGAAGAAGAACACUUUACUCAAACCAUGAAGGAACGUUUAAGGCAAUUAAGAUCGUAUUCCUUAAUUCCAAUCCUGCAGGGAUUGUUAAUGAAAAUAGGACAUACCUCAACUGAAUCCGGGGAUGAAGAGAAAGAAAGUGAAAGAGAAUAAAUAAACAAAACGUAUGUCUGAAUACAAAAUUCAAACUGAAACAUCAAUUACCAAUUAUUUUAAUAUAGUUUUAUAUCUCUGGUAUUAAGAAGUUUCUAUUAUC